CCGGCAUGCACCGCGAGCCGCUGCGCAUGCGGAGCAGGCGACAGACGCGAGCCGCCGCCGCUGAGGGUUUUGGAGGCGGUUGCCAUGGAGCCGGCCUGGCGUCAGCAGGGCCGGGGCCGAGGCCGGAGCCAGGAGGGUCCGGCUGAAAGGUCACGACCUCUACAGAAAGAGAAGGAGAGGCCGGGCGGCUCUGUAGCAGGAGGAGGAGGAGGAGGAGGAGUGUGGGUGGCAGGACGAGGAGGGAGGAUGAAGGCCGCCGCAGCCCCUGGACCUGAACCUCCACACGGUGUUUCGGUCCAGACCAAGUUCGAGGAGAUCAGGAAGUCCAACCAGGCUGCUGCUCAGCGAUUGGUGGAGAGCCGUAUCAGCUCCUCCUCCUCUGAUGAGGACGACGACGAUGAUGAUGAUGGAAAUGUUGACCACAAGGAUGGAAAGAGAGGGAAGAUCCUGGCGUCGACCUUCACCACCUACACUGACCAGACAGGUGGGGAUGCCACAGGUCUGGUCCGGACCGGUCAGUACGUCAGUGACCUGUUUCAGUCCGGAGCUCUCACCUGUCUGAUCUGCAUCGCCUCCGUGAAGAGGACGCAGCCGGUGUGGAGCUGCUCCAGCUGUUUCUCCCUCUUCCACAUGCCCUGUAUUCAGAAGUGGGCCAGAGACUCCGUCUUCCUCGUCUCCUCCGUCACUGACGAAGACUUCGGGCAGAAGCAGCACCCCUGGCCGUGUCCAAAGUGUCGGGCUGAGUAUCCUCCCAGCGCCACGCCCAACAGGUACACGUGUUACUGUGGGAAGCUGCAGGACCCUCCAGCUGAUCCCUGGUUGGUUCCUCACUCCUGCGGCUCCAUCUGUCAGAAGGAGCUCAAACCCACCUGUGGACACACCUGUCUACUGCUCUGUCACCCCGGUCCCUGUCCUCCUUGUCCAAAGAUGGUGUCGGUUUCCUGUAUGUGCCGCAAAGCUAAGCCCCUCCCCCGUCGCUGUAGCAACAAGGCCUGGACCUGUCAGCAGCAGUGUGGCAGGCUGCUGCCCUGCAAGCAGCACACCUGUUCACAGCCCUGUCACACAGAGUGUUCUCCCUGUCCCAGAGUCAGUGUUCAGAGGUGUGUGUGUGGCAGAGAGAAGACAGAGAGACCCUGUGCCAGCCCCCAGUGGAACUGUGAGCAGGUGUGUGGCUCCGCCCUCUCCUGUGGGAAUCACACCUGUGAGGUCGUGUGUCACGAUGGAGUUUGUCCUCCGUGUCCUCGCUCCGUCAGCAGAUCCUGUCCCUGCGGCAAGACCAAGUCGUCUCUGCCGUGCACAGAGGAAGUGUUGCUGUGCGGCGACACGUGUGAUCGCCGUCUAUCAUGUGGAAAACACACCUGUUCAAUGAGGUGUCACCGAGGGAGCUGUGAGACCUGCAGACAGGAGGUGGAGAAGGAGUGCAGGUGUGGGAAAUACAGGAAGUUGAUGCCGUGUCAUAAAGAAUACCUGUGUGACACCAAAUGUCCAAAGACCAGGAGCUGCCAGAAACACCAGUGCAGGAGGAAGUGUUGCCCUGGUAACUGCCCCCCCUGUGACCAGAGCUGUGGUCGAACUCUGGGCUGUCGAAACCACAAGUGUCCCUCCGUCUGUCACCAAGGUAGCUGUUAUCCCUGUCCAGAGUCGAUGGAGAUCAGAUGUACCUGUGGUUCUACGAGCCUGUCUGUCCCCUGUGGACGAGAGAGGAGCACCAAGCCACCUCGCUGCAAGGAGCCCUGCAGGUGUCCUCCGUCCUGCCACCACCCGACCAGAGAGCCUCACAGGUGCCACCCCGGGCCCUGCCCCCCCUGCAGACAGACCUGCCUGCUGCCGCUGCCCAGGUGCAGCCACACCUGUCCACAGUCCUGCCACGACCUGGUGCUGGUCAAGUCCCAGCAGGUUCAGUUAGCAGGUCCGUGGGAGCAGCCGUCUGAACCAGCGUUUGUGAAGAAGGCUCUUCCCUGUCCGCCAUGUCAAGUACCAAUACCAACCGCCUGUUUUGGAGAACAUGAGGUCAGUCCGGUGCCGUGUCAUCGUCGGGGUCGGUUCUCCUGUAAACGACCUUGUGGACGACCUUUGACCUGCGGAAACCACAACUGCAGCAGGGAGUGUCACCUGGUUACCGACGGCAACAAGUGUGAGGUGUGUGACGAGGGCUGCUCUAAGCCCCGCCCUCCUGGCUGUCCCCACUCCUGCCCCCGCCCCUGUCACCCCGGCAACUGCCCCUCCUGCAGCCAGAUGAUCCGCCAACGCUGCCACUGCAAGAUCAGUAUGCUCUACGUGGAGUGCACGAAGUUGACAUCAGCUGAUAAACAGACGAAGAAGGAGCUCGGCUCCUGCAACAACCAGUGUCCUAAAGAGCUGAACUGCGGUCAUCGCUGUAAGCAGGUGUGUCAUCCAGGCGUGUGUGAGGAGAAAUGUCAGCAGAAGGUGAAGCUGCGGUGUCCCUGCAAGAGGAUCAAGAAGGAGUUCCCGUGCUCACUGUCGGAUCAGUGUGUUCAGUGUGACGAAGCCUGCAAAGACCAGCAGAAGAAAGUCAGCCAGCUGAAGGAGGAGGAGCAGAGAGCAGCUCAGGAGGAGGAGAAGAAGAAACUUCAGGAGGAGCUGGAGGCGUUCGAGAAGCGUCAGCAGCGAGGAGGUCGCAGGAGUAAGAAGCGGGGGAGGAGGGAGGAGGUGGACGACGAGCGGGGGAGGGCGGGGAGGUGGUGGAAGAGAUGCGCCGCCUUUGUCCUCGUGCCGCUGGGGGGAGCGCUGCUGUCGGCCGCCGCCUACUACCUCCUGACCACGGCCUGAACCGACACGUGUCAACAGGAACAUGUGAGCGCACGGCUGCCUGUCUGUCCGCUCUGGUUCUAUGUUUCUGUUCACACCGCUGCCUCGACGUCACUUCUUCUUCUUUGUCUUAAUUCAGACUGUUUUACUCGCAGUAAUAUCAGUCGUCAUGUUGAACUGUUUCUUAGUUUUUAGUUUGUUCCUGUUGAAAGUUUCAUGAUGUUUGAGUUUGAUUUAAAAUAAAUUAUGUGACGUACCGAGUUUCAUACCGAUGCCAUAAAUGGAAACAAUUGGGGCUUCAACUGACGAUUAUUCUCAUAAUGAAUUAUUCUGUCAGGUAUUUUCUUGAAGAAUAGAUUUAAUUAUUUGGUCCAUAAAACUGCAGAAAACAAUGAAUCAUGUCAUCAAAUGAUACAAAACCUAAAGAUAUUUAAUUUACUGGAACUUUAAAACA